GCCUGGGAUGAAAUUGAGAUAAGGCGCCCGUCAAUUAAACAAAUUCUUUCAACUCUUGAAAACAUUGAUAUCGAGAAUUUGUAUGAUGGAAUAAAACCGAAAAUCACUUUUCCAACGUUGAAUAUUCCAAUUAUGAAUAUGAGUCUAGAAUCUUCUCCAUCAACGUCCAUACAAAGAAACUUUCAAAACCUAGAAGUCCGCAUGACUCCAUAUUUUCACCGGGAUAAUGAUUCAAAUGUUCAACCGCCAGGGAUGCCCGCCGGUGAAUCAAGUUCGCGUCAUAUUUCUAAUGCAUGUCCCGUUAUUUUCCGUGAAUAUAAAAUAAAUCAUGGUCUUUCACAGACAGAUCAUCCGAGUUCUUGUAAUGCGGGUUAUCACGUUGGUUAUGGAGACGUUAAUGGCCUAAAAUAUCAUCUUGAUCGAGGAGAGAACGUCGACGAUAUUUAUAGCUUUUCUGACACCACAGAGUCACUU